GUUGCGAUCUGCCAUUUUUCCGAGUCCGGCAAAUUGCUUUGGGUUCGGUAGAGUAAAAAAUAAUAUAAAAAAGUAAUUUAAUAAACGAUUUUGUAAUAAUUUUAUAAACAAUUAAUUACAAUCAUGACUGUGCCAGCUGUUUUUAUGGAUUUACCACCUGAGGAUCAGGCACAAGAACUCAGGAUUUAUUUCAAGAGUUUAGGAGCAGAAAUCAGUGAUGAAAAGUCUCCACGUGGAAUAGAGGACGAUUUGCACAAAAUAAUUGGAGUUUGUGAUGCUUGUUUUAAAGAGGGAAAUGAAGUAGAGAUUGAGAAUAUCUUGAAUGAUAUCGUUUCAAUAUUAAUUCAUAUACCUGUAGAACGUGCGGAAAAUCUUAUCUUAGUAUUUUGUGACAAAUUAAAGAAAGCUCCAGGCCAGAAGCUCGGACUUGUGUGUUUAAAAGCAUUAUGGCUGCUUUUCCAGUCAUUAGAAGAAAAGUCUCCAAUGAGAUAUCAUGUCUACUAUCAUUUGGUCCAGGUAGCACGUAAUGUUGGUCAAGUUCAUGCAGUUUACAGCGGGGUUGAACAAUUAAAGGAACAAUUCAAAGCUUUUCCACCAAAUAAUGAACAAAUGCAAAAAUUACUGCGUCUCUUGCAUGAAAUUUUACUUAGCUGCAAGCAAGGAGAUCGAGCAGCAGCAGUAAUGGUGGAACUGUUAGGUACUUAUACAGCAGAGAAUGCCAGUGAAGCUCGAGAAGAUGCUCAACAUUGCAUUCAAGCAGCUUUAGCUGAUCCAAAUACUUUUCUACUGGAUCCUCUACUAGCUUUAAAACCUGUGAAAUUUUUGGAGGGUGAAAAUAUCCAUGAUUUGUUAUUUAUUUUCGUCCAAGAAAAAUUACCUGCUUAUAUUAAAUUCUAUAAAGAACAUAAGGACUAUGUUGAACACACUGUUGGUUUAAAUCACGAGCAGAAUAUGAAGAAAAUGCGACUCCUGACUUUUAUGCAGCUUGCAGAGACCAAUCCAGAAAUGUCGUUUGAAACGAUACAAAAUGAACUGCAAAUCGAGGAGAAAGAUGUCGAGAGCUUUAUAAUUGAUGUGUUGAAAACCAAAUUAGUCCGAGCAAGAAUGGAUCAAGCCAACAAGAAAGUCCUCAUCUCCAGCACAAUGCAUCGAACUUUCGGUCGCCCACAAUGGAUGCAACUCCGUGACUUGCUGGCAGCAUGGAAAACAAAUUUAUCAUCGGUUCAAGAUGGAAUGAAAUCUGUUGCCGAUGCUCAGAUGGAAAUGGUGAUGAGGGGGCCAAUGCCUUCUAAAGCUCUUUAAUCACUUUGUUUUCAUUUAUAAAUUUUUCCAUACCGAUGUAAAUACUAAAUAAUUGGAAGUUAAUUCAUUAAUUUAUCUCAUUACUCUGCUCCACACUUGUCAAGCUAAUUUGGGUGACAAUAUUCAAAAAUGAAAGAAGUAUUAAAUUAUAAAUGAUUUAGUUGAAAAUUGAAAUAACCAUGAAUCAGCUGUCAGUUUUUUUGUAAAAAUGUUUCAAUCAAGAUAAUUUAAUAAAUU